UCCGCCGGAUCGGCUGCAGUGCACUUUCAUUCUCUGCAUUGUUCUCCGGGGCUGGUGAUGCCCUCCCAUUGUGCUGAGUUUUGAAGAGUGCGAGCGGCGCUGCUGAUGUGACUCCCUGGGAGCAGGCUCUCCGCUGGCCCGGGGAUAAAAUUGGGUGGUUGGCUCUCUGCGGGGACACGCCAGGCACGGGCGGGUGGGCACGCCGACAGCCAUGGGGGCAGUGUAGCUGGGGCCCUGACAGAGCUAUGCAGGAUUCCCCCAGCUCUCUGGUGAUGGAUGGGUACUCCAGCAAUGUGCCAGCCUUCCUGACCAAGCUCUGGACGCUGGUGGAAGAUCCUGAAACCAACCAUCUCAUCUGCUGGAGUUCUAAUGGCACCAGCUUCCAUGUGUUCGACCAAGGACGCUUCGCCAAGGAGGUGCUGCCCAAGUACUUCAAGCACAACAACAUGGCCAGCUUCGUCCGGCAGCUCAACAUGUAUGGCUUCAGGAAGGUGGUGAACAUCGAGCAAGGGGGUCUGGUGAAGCCUGAGCGGGAUGACACUGAGUUCCAGCACCUCUGCUUCCUGCAGGGCCACGAGCACCUCCUGGAGCACAUCAAGAGGAAGGUGUCAGUAGUGAAAAGUGAGGAGACCAAGAUGCGCCAGGAGGACCUCAGCAGGCUGCUGUACGAGGUACAGAUCCUGAGAAGUCAACAGGAGACCAUGGAGUGUCAAGUGCAGGACAUGAAGCAGCAAAAUGAAGUGCUCUGGAGGGAAGUUGUUUCUCUCCGGCAGAACCACUCACAGCAACAGAAAGUGAUCAACAAGCUGAUUCAGUUUCUGUUCGGCCAGCUCCAGCCCGGCCCCAGCAGCGCCGGGAUAAAGAGGAAGCUCCCUCUGAUGCUUGACAAUGGGAUCUCAGCUCCACAAGUGUCCAAGUUCAGCCGGCAUUUGCCUGCAGACCCCCUCCACGACCCCUACUUCAUACAGUCGCCAUCGACAGAGCCUGCCUCUUGCUUAAACAGCCCUGCAGCUGCUGGAGGACCAAUCAUAUCUGAUGUUACUGAAGCGUCGCCAGCCAGCCUCAUAAACAUGCAGCCCCCUCCUGAAGGCGACAGAGAGAAGUGCCUCAUGCUCAUCAAGGAAGAGCCAGUGAGUCCUGGACUGAAAGCCACCAUGGAGCCUGAGGUGCCCCUGCCAGGCUGCAGGGCUUGCUCUGAGCCCCCUGUGCUCCCUGUUGCCAUGGUCCAGUCUGUUCUGGAAGGCAAAGGAAGCUGUGCCACAGCCACACCAGGGACCUCGCAGCCAUCCGAGAGGAGAAGUAGAAGGGCAUUGCUGGACAGAACAGAUAUUCCAGACGCUUUGGAAGGCACGGACUGGAGCCUGGAAGGGCUGCAGCUGCUGCUGAGGAGCCAGCAGUACAGCCUGGAGCCCAGCAGCCUCUUGGAUGUCUUUAAUCCCAGUUUAUCCCUUAGUGAGUGGAAUUUGGCUGAAGUGGAAGCCAGCCUGUCCCCGAUGCAGCGGCUCACAGCGGACCUGGAGAAGACUGCGGCCGAGCUGCCCUCCAAAGUCUUCAGCCCACCCUUUAACGGCGCCUGCCCAGGGAAAGAAGUCAUCGUGGAGAGCACCCAGCCGUUCCUCCUUGACCGCCAGUCAGUCUUUGGGAACGACCUCCUCAGCCUGCCUGAAAGUUCAUCCCUUUAUGCUCCAUCUGACAACAUGGCUUCCUACCUGUCCUCUGUGGGUGUCCAAGGGGACAUCCCAUUAAACCUGAGCUCCUCAACUGACACCAACCAGUGAUUUCCCUCCCAGAAAACAUCAUCUCCCUCCCACCCAUCCAAGCAUCCAGAGGUUUGAAUGUAAAGAAACACAAGUGACUCAGAAACCCAGAAGACAGCUUCUUUUUUUGUGCCCUUUCUUCUGCAGCAGAUGGAAAUGGUCAGUAGCUGUUGCUUUAUCAUUGCUUUAUGCCCCCUCCCUGAAAUCAUUCAAGGUCAGGUUGUCUGGGGCUCUGAGCAACCUGACCUAGUUGAAAAGGACCCUGUUGGCUGCAGGGGGUUGGACUAGAUGACCUUUAAAGUGUUCCUUCCAACCCAAACCAUCCUGUGAUACUUUACCAUCUCUGCAUCUGGGAGUUUUAAAACACUGCACCUGGUGCUUGCUCCUCUGGGGAGUGAGAACUUGGCAGGAUCCUUUUUUUUCUUUCUUUUCCCUGAAAAUGUUUUUAGGAGCUUCACAUCUUUUAACAUUUAAGAGAGGAGAUGCUUGAAAGUACAUCAGGGACUUCACACAAUUCUGACUGGUGUCUGCAAGAGCAAAGCUGCUGGAUUUUAUUUGGGCAGCACAGGUGAGCUCUAAGGUGCCUGACCCUCCUGGAUGCUCUUCUUAUAAGUGGGAAAAUAGUUCCAUAGCCCAGUCCAAUGCUCUCAGAAGAUUCUUUUACCUACUUUUUGGUUCUGAUGGUUUUGCACCUCACCCUUAGCCUCCUAGCAGGAAAACUAAGAUCUUUUUGGGUGUGCAGAAGACCAUUUCUGAGUGACCACUGCAAGAAUGUGUCUGAGGCUCCUAGGGAGACCACUGCAAACUCACAAAUAUCCCAAGAUGAAUUGGGAGAGUCCCUUUGCCUCCUAGCAGGAAAACUAAGAUCUUUUUGGGUGUGCAGAAGACCAUUUCUGAGUGACCACUGCAAGAAUGUGUCUCUGGCUCCUGGGAGAGUUGGGAUUUUUUGUUGGUUGGGAUUUUUUUUUGGCCCAAAUUUAGCUUUCUCUAACAUAAAGGCAGGGAAGUGCAUGCCUUAAAAAAAAAAGGGAUAUACUCUUCUUGGAGUGGGCUGCCCUGGGAGGUGUUGUCCCUGGAGGUGUUCAAGGAAAGAUUGGAUGAGGCAUUUAGUCUGGUUGGAUAGGACUGGGUGCUAGGUUGGACUGGAUGAUCUUGGAGGUCUCUUCCAACCUGGUUGAUUCUAUGAUAACAAUGAAAUUGUGAAGCAAAAUGAGACAGUAUGAAGGUAGGAAAGUGAACUGGUUAGACUUCAUUGCCUUUGUGAAGUCAUUCAAAGUAUCAAGUCUCUUCCAGCCUGGCUGAUUCUAUGAUUCUGCACAGGCAAUUUUCCACAUGCUAAAAGGGCUGAGGGAACCCACUCUGGUGCUGGAUAAAUAUUCCAUGCCCAGUUCAAUGAUAUUUUUUUUUUUAUCCCCCUUGGCCUUGACCUGUUCUCUUUCCCCUAAAGAUGUGCCUGUUGGUUUAUUGAUUCUGAUAAGCCAGUUCAACUGAUUGGAUCCCCUUUUUAGGACUCUCAGCUGCUCAGCAUAGGAGGGAGACAGAAGGGUUAGUCCACCACGUCCAACCACUUUUCUUCUGUCCUUUGUGCACCUGAGAUCAGCCUCCAAAGGUUCAAUUGAUCAUAGAAUCAUAGAAUCAGUCAGGGUUGGAAGGAACCACAAGGAUCAGCCAGUUCUAACUCCCCUGCCAUGGCCAGGGACACCCUACCCUAGAGCAGGCUGCCCACAGCCUCAGCCAGCCUCCAGGGAUGAGACCUCAACCACCCCCCUGGGCAGCCCAUUGCAGGCUCUCACCACUCUCAUGCUGAAUAACUUCCUCCUCACAUCCAGUCUGAACCUACUCACCUCCAGCUUUGCUCCAUUCCCCCCAGUCCUGUCACUCCCUGAGAGCCUAAAAAGUCCCUCCCCAGCUUUUUUGUAGGUCCCCUUCAGAUACUGAAAGGCCACAAGAAGGUCACCUGGGAGCUUCCUCUUCUCUAGACUGAACAGCCCCAACUCCUUCAGUGUGUGCUCACAGCAGAGCUGCUGCAGCCCUCUGAGCAUCCUCUUCCAUGUGGUUUCUGACAAGUGAGUUUCUCAACAAAGCAGAGCUUUGUUUUUUUAUGCUGUAGUUCCAAUGAGAACAUAUUAUUUAUCUCAGUAUCCUCUAUGGGAGCUGCUUUUCCUUAGGGAAGCUACCUAAAGGCAGUAAGGCAGACCCAGGAAAUUCAGCUAACUCAGGCCUCCUGAGGGCUUAGACAGGGAGGUAGAAGCAGUGCCAGUAUCCUUUGCCCACUCUCAUUGCCAUGAUGAUUCUCGGUUCCAAACCGUGUUUCUGAGCGCCUCGAGUGCAGCAUCCACCCCAAAACGUAGUCAGUCAGCUGAAUGCAGGCUCAAAGUCUCCUCAGUAAGAGGAACAGGCUUUAGAUGGACCUUCCUGUCCCAGCCCUUCCUCCAUCCAUUUAUGUGCUCAUUCAGAAUGAUUCACUUUUGAGCCCUUUCCCCCUGCCCCCAGCUUGCUACUGUGCACUGGGAGCUCUGUCACCACCUUGGUGGUGCAGUCUUUGCAGGACCGAGAGUGUGAGAGCUUCUGAAUGAGUUCCAGCCACUGCUUAUUGUCCUCAGGACUAAGGGAAACUUCUGGCAGCCCCCACUGGCCUGGUAUUUAGAUGAUGUGCUUGAGUGUGUCAUGGGCAAGGUUUUGCCUUCGUGGUGGGUUUGUGCCUAGGAAGUUCACCUAGGUCAGCGCUUUUGCUGACGUACUUUGUUGUUUCCAGCCUUGAGUUGCACUCUGUUUACUUCUUCCUUCAAAGGAGGCUGAAAACUGUCUGGUGCCUCAUGUGGCCUGGCAGUGCCUGUCAUCCCUGCUCAGCAUUUCCAUCCUUCUCUGAACCUUCACAGGCUAGAUUGCCUUCCUGCUAGUGCCAAAUCCAGUCAGGUAUGGAAGCGAGUGCUCGACUUCAAGCUUUGCUGUAUCUUGGUGAAGCCUGUCACACACUUGAGGUCAGGCACAGGCUUCAGUGUCUUGCUGGAUUGUCUAGUUUGGGUUGACAAAUGAACCAUCUUAAGAGAGCUACUUGCAGGUAGACAAAGGUGCAACUCAACCAACAAGGGGGCCUGGCACCACCUGAGGUGGCAGACUGCACUCACUGCCCCUCAGGGUGGUUCUUGGGUUUUUCUUUAGGCUUUUUCGCUCUGCUAUAAAUGGGAGAUUGGAGCUUGGUGGUGAGAGAGGGACCUCUGUUGGAGAGCCACUCCUGUGAAGAAAAGAGUUUGUGUUCCUUGGCUUUUUACACUGUUAAUCUUCCUUGAAGGUGAUGUUUUGAGGCUGGUUUUGCACUAUGCUGUACAUUUGUAAAGUUUUACAGGACACACUAAUUAAACAUGUUGCCUUUUUCUCAUUUA